ACGAACGCUGUCUGGGCUCGACGUCGAGUGGUGUGUUGUUGUGCUCCAGGAGUCUGUCUACAAUAUCACGGAACCUGUCCAUUUGCAGUGCUCGUACUGUCUUGUGACUGUCACUCGUGCUUGUGGACGGCGUCUGUGGCCUCGCCUCGAUGAGGCCUCCAGUGAUCUAGUGCCAGUGAAGCCGUGAGAUAAAGGAAGGGGGUUCUUAGCCCCUCUUAAUAGCGUCACUGCACGCACUGUUCUUCCACGAAAGCUGAUGGAACCAGAAUUUUGAUUGACUACUGAAUCUGUGCCAGUCUUCACCAAGAGAAUGAGUCAGAGUUUCAGAAAGAAAGUUCCUGAAACUUGCCGUUACUGGAAAGAGGGCAAGUGCAUCAAGGGUGAAUAUCAGUGCAGUUUUGUGCAUGGCUUUGUCUGUCCAGACGACAAGAGAUGCAGAAGGGAUAACUGUGGCCGCUUUCACCUAAGCCAGAAGAACCGUCCUCAACAAAGGGACAACCGUGGGAAGCCGUAUCAGAGUCAAAGACAGGGGCAUCAUGGAAGAUCUCGGCGAAGUCACAGUCAAAGCACAAGCCCGGUUCGACAUCAAAAAAUAUCUCAUAACAGACGCACCCCAACCCGCCGUCGAAGUAGAAGUCGUAGUCCUCCUUAUCAUCAAACUAAAAGUUAUAGCUCUCCUCGUCGCCGCAGUAGGAGUAUCAGUCCAUCUCAAUAUCACAAAAGUUCUUCUUGGCGACGAAGUAGAAGUCGCAGCCCAGCAAAACUCCGAAGCAGAAGCUCUAGCCCAACAAAAGCAAAAUAUAGAAGCCACAGCCAAGAGCGAUCCCGCAGUAGAAGUCGCAACUCGGGAAGACGCCGAAGCAGAAGCUGUAGUCCAAUAAAACCAAAAUAUAGAAGCCAUAGCCACGAUCGAUCUCCCAGUAGUAGUCGCAGCUUAGGCAGACCUCGAAGUAGAAGUCGUAGCACAGGUAGACAUCGCAGUAGAAGUCGUAGGAUAGAUAAACGUCGAAGUAGAAGCUAUAGCUCGGGUAGACGUCAAAGUAGAAGUCGAAGCCCAGCCCGUUAUCGAAGCAAUAGCCGUUCUCCAGAUCGACAUCAAAGAAGAAGCUGUAGUUUAACUCGACUUCGAAGUAGAAGUCCAACUAAGCCUCAAGCAGGAUGCAGCCAAAAUCAACUUCGAAGCAGGAGUCGCAGUUUAACUAAACACAACAGAAGUCAUAGUAUAGCUCGGCCUUACCAAAGAAGUCGUAGUUCUUCUAAACAUAGUAGUACAAGUACUAGCAGCUCCUCGCGGUCUCGAAGUAGAAGCUGUAGUCCAUCUCGGCCUCAAAAUAAAAGUAAAUCACCAGACCAUCAUCAAAGUAAAAGUUACAGUCCAGCCCAAGAAAGAAGUAGUCAUAGCAUACCUCAUGAAAACCAGUUAGAUCUCGAGGAUAUGUAUGCAGAUUUAGAUGAGAAAAUGGAUGAAUUUCCAUCUAGCACAAAACAACAGAAUCAAUCUGCUGCAGAAAAACUGGCAUUUUCUCAGCUUGAAGCUCGUAUCACAAAGACAAUGAAAGAGAUGUAUAAAACAGCAACAGAAAAAAGUUCUAAUGGUACUCCUAAACAAAAAAUAUCAGAAGAGCCUUAUUUAUCAGAUGAAAACAUAGAUGAUGAUAAAGGAGGAUUAGGCUUAGAAGAAGUUGGAGAGGAGGUUGGUGAUAUAUUUGCCAAGUCAAUUAUUUGGUCUGUAAAUGAUUCUAUAGAGAAUGCAUUCAAGGAAGGCCUUCAGAGUGGUAAAAGAAAAGAUAAAAUUGAAGUUCAGCAAGACGAUGCCAUUUCAGGAAGAGAAGGAAAAACUGGUUCAAGACCUGUUACAGUUGCAACUCUUCCACAGCCAGAACCGGUUGUAUCCUAUGAAAAAGCACAGUUAAAGGAAAGAAACCAAGAUCAAAAUGUAGAACAAAUAUCUCAGCCAAAUACUAUGCUUUUCCCAAGUGGAAAGUCAAUGUCUGUUGGUGCAUCUUCAGCAGUACCACAGACAAGGAGUCAUGUCAUUAUGCCAGCAAUUUCCUCUUCAUCAGCUUCUGUCAAUGCUUUUGAAGCAGCCACAUUCAGCACCCCUUUGACUCAACCUGUUGACCAUAAGGAGGAAUUCACAAAGGCUGUUCCACCUGAAGGAGGUGGAACAUCCUCUAAAAGAGCCUCGGUAGAACAUAAAUCUAGAAAGCCGUCUGAAAGUCCAAAAAGACCAAAGCAUAGACGGCAUAAAGAAAGGAAGAGCAAACGCAAGAGAAGUUCUGAUUCAGAGUCUCACUCAGAUAAAAGUGAUCAUGAAAAAAGAAAAGCUGAAAAAAAUGCACCACAAAUCAUGAAAGUAAAGAAUGAUGUGGAGAUGCUCUUUUCGAAAAAGGAUUCUCUCGUCAAACGAGUGAAAAUGCUAGUGGAACAGAAGAACAUGAUGAAUGAAAAACGUGAUGACAUAAUAAAAAAUCAUAAAGGGAGCAGAGAAGGUCUCGCAAGUCUUUUAGAAGAGAACUCAUUUCUUAUGAAUGAAAUUGGAAAGCAAAUUAAUAAAAUAAAUAGUAUGGUUCAUACAGUCAACCAGGAGAUUGAAGCUGAAAAAGGUAUUAAGCAAAAGCAUAAAUCCACAUCAAAAGAGAGAUCUGAAAGCCCUUGCCAUUCACAGGACCGAAAAAGGAAGCUAGGGCAUUCACCUGAAAGGGAAAAGCAUAAUAGUACGUAUCAUUCUCCUGAGAGAUCAGAAUUUAGUACGUCUUCAUUCCUGAAAGACAAGAAAACAAGGACUCCUCAGAGGAAGGAGAAUUGGUCUCCAGUUCCUGUGAAGCAAAUUGCACAAAACAAAUCUGACGAACCUUCAAAAACAAUUGAACAAGGUCAUAAAUAUUCAAAGUCACCACAGUGGGCCGAGCAGAAGCGAUCCAGGUCCCCACAGUGGGCCGAGCAGAAGCGAUCCAGUUCUCCACAGUGGGCCGAGCAGAAGCAAUCCAGGUCCCCACAGUGGGCCCAGCAGAACCGAUCCAGGUCCCCACAGUGGGCUGAGCAGAAGCGAUCCAGGUCCCCACAGUGGGCCGAGCAGAAGCGAUCCAAUUCACCACGAUGGAAUGAACAGACCCAAUCUAGGUCACCAGCACCAAAAUUAUUGAAGCGUUACAAAUCAAGGUCACCAAAUCCAACUUUAUCAAGGGAAAAUAAAAGACAUUUAACACCACCUGAACUGGAGAGAGUUCAAUCUCAAACAAAAAAAUAUCAAGUAAAUACUGAGACAGGCCAAAAAAUGGCAAGUUAUAAAGGAAAAGAUCGACAUGAGUCUGCUAAAGAAGAGUUUGUUGAAGCAAUGCAGUAUGCCCCACUUGGUUCCCAGAGAUCUUACAUUCGCUAUAUGGACCAAGGCAUGCACUGGUGUAAACUGUGCAGCCUAUUUUGUGAAACGGUUCCAGAGUUUGUCAGCCAUCUCAUGACACCAUCUCACUUGGCAAGAGUUAAGAAUGACCGCAAGACCUGGUUGGCCAAAGCCCCAAGAGAAGAAAAAGAACCUAAACCUCCAAAUGCACAAAUCUUGACUGUACCUUUACAAGGUAUGGAGUUUCUUCAUUCGUUACCAGCAUAUUAUUGCUCAUUGUGUGACGUUUUCAUGAGGAAUAAAGGAGAAGCGGUGAAUCACCCCGAGUCCAAGAUCCAUGUUUCCAAAUACAAAGUACAUAGAGCAAAGAAUCCUAUGUAUGAGUCAACAUUCAUGAAGGCAAAAACAGCAGCAUAUGCAAAAUACAGCAUAGAUGAAGAACGAAAGCUUCUUGAAGGACAGCUGAAUCUAAGAGAGAAAAAUGCAGCUUUCGAAUUAGAAGAAAAGUUACUGAGGCAGAUAAAAGAAAAGAGGGAUAAGGAAAAGUUUGAAAAGGAAAAUAGGGAUGAUAAAACAGCAACAGAAGCAAGAGAGGAUAAAAACAAAGACUGUGGAAGCAUUAGGGUUGCCUCAAGAGGAUCUGGCCGUUCAGCUGACACAAAGUAUGAUGAUCGUCACAGGCACAGCGACAGUUCGAAAAGACAGUCUGAUGAGCAUCAGGUCCAUCAUCAAGAUGAUGUGAAAUCAAAACCUAAAUUGAAGGAUGACUCUUCAAGGCGAGGCGAGUCGCAUAAAAAUGAAAAGAGUCACAGUAAUCGUGAAAAGGAGAUAAAGGGUAAUGAUGUUCAACAGGAAUUAUGUACAGAUGCAGGAGAUACUUCUAAAAAUAAAGAGGAAGAAAAGAAGACUGCCGCUCCAAAACUCCCUCUGAUUGGGAAAAUGCCCUUCUUGAAGAAAAAGCCUUCGGUAUCAAAGACCAAAGAGCAGCAGAAAGUAGCAUGUAUUAAGCAAGAGAUGUCUGUACAGCCUGAUUUGUUGGUAGAAGAGGCCAAAGCUAUAGUGCACUUAGAAAGUAAUUUGUCUACUGUUGAGGCUAAAGCAGAGUUUGAGGCAGAGAAGUUGGGAGAUUUAGCUGCAUUACUGGUUUGCCAGAAUAAAGAAAUUGUUACUCAGGAGACAGAAAGCAAAAUACAUGAAACCCAAGAACUACCAUUAGUUGGGAACGGUGAAGAUGCAAGUGAUAACGUUAGUAUGCCAGUGUUGAACGAGGUCAAGGAUAUCUCGUCAACAGAAUCUGUAAACUCUCUUCAAGAGCAUGUCAGUGAACUAUAUAAUAUAGAAGAUGAAGAAAGUAGUGAUUCUGAUGAUUUUAAAAUGUAUGACUCUCUGGAGAUGGGAAAUGAUGAGUCCUCUGAAUGUGCUGCUGCUGCUACACUGCAUGCUUUAGAUCUUCUAAGCAUCCCAUUACCAGGUUUAAAAACGGUUGUUGAAACUGCCUCAUCAUCAGAUAUACUUUUGCCCCCUGGGACAGAACAUGAACCCCAAAGUCAACAAAAUUUAAUUCUGUCAUUGCCGCCUGGAGCUGAAGAUGAUCCUUCAGACACUUAUGAAUCUGAAAACAAAUCGUAUGUUUCUGUAAUUGAAAACUCUCAAUCAUUGAUGCCAUCCUCUGAGCAAGGUGUGCUAGAUCAUAGCUCAGGGGUUUGGAGUAUUAUCGGCAAUAGUAAUGAAAGUCUUAAAAAUUCAUGCUCUGGAAAUAAAGACAAAUUAGAGUUGCCUUUUUCAUCUGAAGCAGAAACAUUACCUCAUGGUCAAUCAGACCCUAAUAUACCUCCUCCACCAGGAACAGAAGAUGAGGGACCAGAUUACCACCUGGCAUGUGAAAAUGAUCCCGUUUCCUCAGUUAUGAUAGUACCUGUUUUUGAACCAGGCUUUCAAGAACACAGCUUAGGGGCAUGCAGUGUUGGUAGUAAUAGCCAAGACGAUUUUAGAGUGUCAUUUCCAGUCAGGACUGAAGUAACUCCGGAAAUACCUCCUCCACCCGGUACAGAAGAUGAACUCUGUCUCCAAAAUAUUUCCUGCCUUCCUCCACCAUUAGAAGUAGCAGAAAAUAUUGCACUGCAGUGUGAUUUAGAUAAUCAAGGGGUUACUUCUCAAACAUAUAUUCCGAAACACAGUUCAGGAACGUGUAGUUCAUGUAGUAAUAGUUUAGACGAGUUUCCCAUUUCACUUUCAAGUACAGAUGUGCCAAGUGCAGCAUUGGCAUUAGGUAUGGGUCACCCACAGUGGCCAGCCCUGCAGACAGCUACACCCAUGGCUGUGGAACUUGCUACUGAUUUUACAGACUGGAGUUCCUUACAUCAGAGAGAGAGAGAGAAAACACCACCACCUCCAGGCACAGAAAAUUUGAUCAUCAAUGAAUUAGAUGAUGUGCCUGUUGAACUUGGAGAAGCUAGUAUGGAAUUAAGUGAAGACAGUGAAAGUGAGAGUCUGGAUGAAAAGAGAGAAAUAACCCCACCACCGCCUGGGACAGAGUCAAGUUCUGAAUCUGUAACUGCUAACAACACAUCUUGCCAAAAUGUAAGUUCCAAAAGCAGUCCAUUACCUUCUAGUCUGGAAAAUACAGAAAAUGUGCACAAUAUGCAAGAUGGUGCCAAGCUGUUUCCUCCUUCAGAUGUUAGUAGUAAGGACAACAUGUACUUUGUAGAGGGAGAGAAAUAUGCAGAACUUCCUUCACAAGUUCAUCAAGAAAAUUAUGAAACGUUUGUUCCCCCAGAAAAGAUUGUUGUAAAAAUGACUUGCAGCAAUUCAUCCAGUUCUGUAGAUAUUGUUUCUCACCUUCCUGUUGGGGAACAUUCUUCAUUACUUCAUGACCAGAAUGUGAGACCUGAUUUAAAAGUUCAAAUAUCAUCUGAUGUUAAAAUACCAGCAUGUAAGCCUGAUUUAAAUAACCUUCCAGUUACUGAUGGUGUAUCAAGUUCAGUUCAGCACAUUAACACCACGGAGGUGUGUGCACUUGAAGUUAUUGAUAAGGACAAAAAUCUGAAGGCUCCUGAAUUUCCCACCCAAAAUUUAUCUUUAAGUUGUGGCAAUAGUGAUUCUGCUAAAUUUGAUUCUGAAUCCUUGAAAGACAAUACAGCAAGUAUGAAUUAUGAAGCUAAGAAUAGUACAAAUGAAUCUGUAAAACAUGGAAGUACAGACACAGCUGGUGAAAUUCAUGGUAAGAAAACCGAGAUUAAAAGUCUAGUACAUAUUAAGAUUCCUAAAAACUUGAAUGAAAAUAUUGGAGUAUAUGCUGAUGCUAUUUUGUCUCCAAGUACAGCUGAAAAGAUUGAAGAAACUUUGUAUGACAAAUUUGAAUCUUGUAACAAAUUAGAGUUUGAAAAAGGUUUCCAAUCUCUCUUUCCUAGUGGACAAUAUAUAGAUAAAAGCUGUAGUCAAAGGUCUAAAAGUUCCCAAAUCACUGAAGGAGACAUUACUCCAGUAGGUAUGUUGAAGUCAUCAUUGGAAGUUGCUGAGCCUGAUAAAUUAACUUGCAAAGAAGAUUGUGAAAUUGAACUUGAUAAAGUUGGAUCCAAAAAUAACUCAAAAAGUGCAAAAACUGAAAAGGAUGUUCAUGCAGAGGAAGAAGUCAGGCAAUAUCAGUGCACUCACGAAAUUACUUCCAUAAUGGGAACUACAGUUGGUGAUCAGGAAGAAUCUAAAAUGGAGGAGCUUGAACAACACGAGCAUGAAUUAAAUCCCAGUAAAAUAUCAGCUGUUUCAGGAAUGGGCCAGGAAAAUAAAAUGAAGCAUAACCUUGAACCAUUAUCUAGGGGCUCAAAGAUGGCUGUUGCCGAAAGCAUAGAGGAAACUAGAAUAAAACUAACUGUACCUGCCAUCUUAACAGUAUCCACACAAGUUACUUUGGAAGAGGUACCCAGAUUACAACAACCUCUUUCAACAGUGUCUACAACUUCAGCAUUGGUAGAGGAAGCCAGAAUAGAACGACCUUCUCUUUCAACAGAAACUACAACUUUAACUUUUGUACAGGAAGCCAGAACAGAACCACCUUCUCUUUCAACAGAAACUACAACUUUAGCUUUGGUAGAGGAAGCCAGAAUAGAACGACCUUCUCUUUCAACAGAAACUACAACUUUAGCUUUUGUACAGGAAGCCAGAAUAGAACCACCUUCUCUUUCAACAGAAACUACAACUUUAGCUUUCGUACAGGAAGCCAGAAUAGAACCACCUUCUCUUUCAACAGAAACUACAUCAGCUUUGGGAGAGGAAUCCAGAAUAGAACAACCUUCUCUUUCAAUAGAAUCUACAACUUCAGCUUUAGAAAUGGAAUCCAGAAUAGAACUACCUUCUCUUUCAAUAGAAUCAACAACUUCAGCUGUGGAAGAGGAAUCCAGAAUAGAACAACCUUCUCUUUCAAUAGAAUCUACAACUUCAGCUUUGGAAGAGGAAUCCAGAAUAAAACAACCUUCUCUUUCAACAGAAACUACAACUUCAGCUGUGGAAGAGGAAUCCAGAAUAGAACGACCUUCUCUUUCAAUAGAAUCUACAGAGGAAUCCAGAAUAGAACGACCUUCUCUUUCAAUAGAAUCUACAGAGGAAUCCAGAAUAGAACGACCUUCUCUUUCAAUAGAAUCUACAGAGGAAUCCAGAAUAGAACGACCUUCUCUUUCAAUAGAAUCUACAGAGGAAUCCAGAAUAGAACGACCUUCUCUUUCAAUAGAACCUUCAGCUUUAGAAGAGGAAUCCAGAAUAGAACUACCUUCUCUUUCAGUAGAAUCUUCAGUUUUGGAAGAGGAAUCUAUAAUAGAACUACCUUCUCUCUUAAUAGAAUCUACAACUUCAAUUUUAGAAGAGGAAUCUAAAAUAGAACUACAAUCUCUUUUAAUGGCAUCCACAAGUACAGUUUUGGAAGAGGAAUCCAGAGUAGAACGACCUUCUCUUUCAAUAGAAUCCACAACUUCAGCUUUGGAAAAAGAAUCUAAAAUAGACCAACCCUCUCUUUCAAUAGAAUCUACAACUUCAGCUUUGGAAGAGGAAUCCAGAAAAGAACUACCUUCUGUUUUAAUAGCAUCCACAAGUACAGUUUUGGAAGAAGAUUCCAAAAUAGAACUACCUUCUCUUUUAAUGGCAUCGACAAGUAUAGCUUUUGAAGAGGAAUCCAGAGUAGAACGACUUUCUCUUUCAAUAGAAUCUACAACUUCAGCUUUUGAAGAGGAACCUAGAAUAGAAAUAUCUUCUCCAUCAAGAAUAACCAAAACAGUGGCUUUGGAUGAACAGGAGUCUGAACUAAAAGAACUCGUAGAAAAAUUGGAAAUAUAUCCCAAAGGAGGUGGUUUAAAUUCGGAAUUGGAAAAUCAAGAGAUAAAAGUAGAAUUUUUUGGAAUGAGGGAGUCGUCUAGAUCCCCAAAAACUACAUUUAAUAAAGAAAAAGGAGUAAAAAGAGCAGUAGAUCAGGAGGACAAACUCCAAGUAGUUAAAAUAUUACCACAAAGAACAACCCGAGCUGCUACCAGGUCUGCUGUCCUUGAAAGAGAGCAGGGCAAACAUUGCAGUGAAAUGGCCUCGGAAGAAUCGGAAAAAGUGACAUGUGGAGAAAGUUUACGACAGAAUGAUUGUAAUGGGCCUCAAAGUAGUGAGAUAACUGAACCACAAAAGGUUGUACAGUUGAUGGAUAAAGCAGAGGUAAAGCAGAUUGCUUCAAAAAAAGUUAUUCGAUCUAAGCAAGGAAAAGGGAAUAAAGAAUUGGAAGAAAUAUAUAAAGCAGAGGUACCUACUAAAAACAUCAAGCCAUCAUGUAGUAUGAAUCGUACUUCUUGCAAAGAAACCACAGAAAUAAAUGCCUUUCGAUCCACCCGUAGUAAUAGAAGGGCAGCCGUUGCAGCGUCAGCAGCCAUGACAGCACAAGCACAGGUAUCCUCUCCUGUCACAUCAUCUUCAGAAGCAUCAUCUGGGGAUGAGUCAGAGUAGGUUGUAAAUAUGACAAGACAUAAACAGUUCCACAACAUGAGGAAACUUCCUCAAAAUUUGACCAGAUAACUUUCCAAGCAAUCGGAAUAUAGGUUAAAAUAUUUGUCCCAAUAUUCAUUUAAUGUUUCCCUCCAAAGUUUAGUUCCGUUUGUUAAUUUAAUGCUGCAUAUUAAUAAUUUAGUAAUGCUAUUUGGUGAUUUUUAAAUGAUUUAUAGAUAACCAUACUGUUUUGGUUUAUAGAAAAGUUAAUAAUUUAUACUCUUGCCUCCCAAAUUUUGUACAUGCAGUCUACAAGAAAAUGUUGUAUAUAUUAAAGUCAUGUUUAAUGCAA